UCACCAGCACUCUGCAACUCCAGGCGUAGAAACCAUGUGUGCGUUCACAUCGAGAGGAAGGAUCACUUAUAUUUGAUAUAUACACUUAUGCCAGUUUUGCUUUGUUAUAAUGCUUAGUUAAAUAAAUGCUUAGUUAAAAGUAGAUAAUAAGCCUUCGUUGCCAGCUUUUCACUUUUUGCAGACCUUUAAAGGGGUUACUUAAUAGCAUCAAUCCGUUAAAGUAUUUUACAGGUCUUCGAAAGAGCAAGACCAAAGUUUGCACCAAAAUCAUUGAGAAACUUUGCGCCUAGUAUAGAGUACCGAAGUGAUGACGUCAUAAAAAUCUAUUUUUAGAAUUUUUGAAAUUUGUUUCCAUAACCUGAAAGAGUAUUAUGAAAUACCUCUAAAUCUGCAAAAUCAGUUGAAGGUAUUACAAAGUGGCUGAGAUAUGGCCACAUGAGCACAGAAUCUUGCCCUCUGUGAUUUGGUCUGAACCAGGCCAGAAUAACAGUAAUCCGUUAGCAAACUUCAAACCUUCCAUUGGCCAUAUCUCACCCAAUUUCGAGCAUAUCUAACUGAUUUUGCUUUUUAAGAGGUAUUUUAUGCUGUUCUUUCAGAUUAUGUGGUCAAAUUUAUGAAAUUCUAAAAAAUAUUUUUGAUGACGUCACACUUCGGUACUCUAUAUCUUAAGCUUCUAAUUUCAUCUAAAUAUAAAUGGGUGUCGAAUUUUGUUGUUGUACCUUUGCCUUAAAAUUAAAACUGAGAACAUAAACAAGCGGUUAAAUUAGCUGAAUUAUAAGAGGAAACUAUCAUGGUCAAAAAAUAGCUAACAUAUACACCCGUCAGAUCAGGAACAAGAAGUGGAGAGACAACUUUUUUCCAACAGAUAACAGGAUGCAUAGAGAGCUUUGGAGUGUUUAUAAACUGGUUUAGAAAAACAGAAAAACAGGUGCUCUUUCUGCUGUUUGAUUAGCGAGUUUGAUAUAAAUCAGCGCCGAUUGAAACCUGGUCAUUUGAAACUCAUAGAAACGCUUCAAAUUUCCAUUGGCUAAUAUCUUGAGCAAUCCUUAAAUUGCACUUGCUUUUUUAUAUUUCAUUAAUAAUGAAGUUAUAUAAUUAUAAAAAUAGUUAGAAUUGUAUUGCACUUGUCUUGGGUGUCUCUGCAAAACUAUUCACCUCCGUCAAAGAACUUUCGAAGUCAAGUGCGCAUAUUCACGAAAUUUGCGCUGGAAACAGCUGAAGCCGUGCAGAGCAGGUGCGCGGGAUUGUGCAUCACACUUCUGACUGGCUGAUUCCGAUAAACUUGUAAUUAUUUCCUCAUAUCGUUUCAGGUAUAUUAUUGGGAUUUUGGAGAAAUUCUGAUCGUGAAAGCUGUCAACAGUUAUUCUGAGUACCUCUAAAACUGGAGCAUCGUACAUGGCGAGAUCAAACAGCUUUUGACACCGAGCAAAAGAGUUAGCCUCUUUUAGAACAGAGCACAUACAGACGACCAUGGAGUGCUUCAAGUUCAUAAUACCAUUAAAUGGCACGUAUACAACACGUAUACUGUAUUUCUCUGGAAAUAUAAUUCUUGCGCUGAUCUCUUUCAUUGGUAAUGGAGUUGUCAUGUACCUUGUAUGGUACAACACCAAGCUUCAUAGGCCAACAUAUUAUUUUAUGUCUGCUCUGGCUUUGUCCGAUUUCACAACAGCGUUUUUCGGGCAACUUACAUUUUGCAUUGAGGUGACAUUUAAACAGUUUACGAGUUGCGCUUACGACAAAGUAAUUGCAUUUUUCAACGCAAGCAGUUGCAGCUCAAGUCUCUUUCUCUUAUGUUUAAUAGCACGGGACCGCUACAUUCACGUGGCUAAGAGAACACUUUACCAAAGCCACAUGAGUAUCACAUACUCCAAGCGGGCAUCGGCAGCAUCUUUCUUGGUUGGCAUUUUCAUAGCUACACUCUUCGUCAUCGAGGAUCGCUUCGUCCGUGUAGUUAGCACACUUGCCUUUGCAGUCGUCGCUAGCAGUUGCUUCACAUUCAUUGCAGUUCACAGCAAACGAAUAUUGAGAAUCGUUGGCGAUCACAUACGACAUAUGCACGAAUCAAUGCCGCAAGAAGCGACCGUAAGGCAGGCAGGAAAUGUUCAAGCAUCGGAGGCGAUGGAGAGGGCAAUCAACAGAUCAAUAUUCUCCGUUAUAGCCUUAUACUUAUUCGCUUGGACGCCGGUGAUAAUACUUAUGUUAAUAUUUGCAUACCACAACAUCAAAGGUAAGCACAUAGCUGACGAGUACCGCUAUGCAUUCGCGUGGUGUUCCUUUGUAUCAUACUUUAACGGUGCUCUCAAUCCAGUGGUAUACUCAUUCAGAUGCGACGCAAUAGGGCAAGAAAUGCGCAAAUUGGUCCGUCGCUUUUUCUGCCUAAAGAGUUUCAUGGCGGUGGAAAACUCCGAAACGAUCCCAUCAUCCGGAAAAAGAAGACCAUCGGUCAUCCGUCAAUGAAAAAGAGUUUACACCCUUUACCAACAGGGACAUCAUGUGCAGUUCGUCGGGUUGAAGUAUUUCUUGCAGGUCUUUUAAUAAUUUUGCGCGGCGUACCGUGUCAAAGGCCUUACUCAUGUCUAGCAGUAAAAGGUAGAGCUACAAUGUCAUUAUUCUUUGAGACAAAAACCACAAAGAAACCGUGGGAGACAUUUUUACUAAUAGCCAUUUAACGUCCAACCUGGAUUGUAUGAUAUUCAUUGAAUAUAGAAUAUUGAAUAGUGAUUUUUUUACAUCUUUCUACGGCAGAUUAUGACUAAAUGAUUUCAGUCUGACGAAGAAGUGGAAGGAACAUCCCAUCUGAACUUGAUUAACUGAAGCACCAAUUAAAUUUCGUCGUACUAUCAAACGAUAAAUGAAACGAAAAG